CAGAAAGAAGUAUUAUUCUGCUCAUCUUCUUCAUCGUCUCUCUUCAAGUUCUCUAUUUUUUUCAACACGAAAAUCAAAUCUUGACCUCUUUUCUUUCAUUCUGGAAGCCAUUGAAAGAGCUCUAGAGUAUAAACCCCAAUCGAAGAAACCACCGACAAGACAAAACCCAUCCAUUGAAGGAACCAGAAGAUUCCCAUUUUCCAUUUAAUCUAAAGGGAAACUGAAAUAAUCUUCAAAUCGAAACUUCCCAUUUCUCCAGAACCCUAUAAUUUCAAAAGAAACCUAGGUUCUGAAUCUUGGAAAGAACAGCCCCAUUUGAUGUUAAAGCACAUAUCUUAUCUUGACAACAUUCCAUCGACUCCGGGGAAAUUCAAGAUGGAAAAAUCGCCUUACGUUCACAAUAAAUUGAGGUGGCACUCCUCUCUUAUGAAGCUCUCAGUUUGGUCCUUUAUCUUCUUGGCCUUGAUCUUCAUCUUCUUCUAUCGAUCCCCUUCCUCUAACCCCCUCCCUCAAGAUCCAUCUCGCCGCUCUCUCCGUGCCCACAACUGGGGUGGACCCGCUUGGGAAAAACGGGCCCGUUCCUCUGCCCGCAUCCGUUCCCACGACGGCAUCUCCGUCUUGGUCACCGGAGCCGCCGGUUUCGUCGGCAUCCAUGUGUCGACUGCUUUGAAAAGGCGUGGGGAUGGUGUUCUUGGACUAGAUAAUUUCAACGAGUAUUAUGACCCUUCAUUGAAAAGAGCUCGCCAAGCACUUCUGGACCGAAGUGGGGUAUUCAUUGUGGAAGGAGAUGUCAAUGAUUCGACCCUUUUAAGGAAACUUUUCGAGGUCGUCGCAUUUACCCACGUUAUGCAUUUGGCUGCUCAAGCUGGGGUCAGGUACGCUAUGGAAAAUCCUAGCUCUUAUGUUCAUAGCAAUAUUGCCGGUCUUGUUAGUUUACUUGAAGCUUGUAAAUCUGCUAAUCCACAACCUGCAAUUGUGUGGGCUUCUUCGAGUUCGGUUUACGGGCUUAAUAGCAAAGUUCCAUUUUCUGAGAAAGAUAGGACUGAUCAACCUGCUAGUUUAUAUGCUGCUACUAAGAAAGCUGGUGAAGAGAUUGCACAUACUUAUAAUCAUAUAUACGGACUUUCUUUAACUGCCUUGAGGUUUUUCACAGUUUAUGGCCCUUGGGGAAGGCCAGAUAUGGCUUAUUUCUUCUUCACUAGGGAUAUCUUGAAAGGGAAGACCAUAUCAAUAUUUGAAGCAGCUAAUCAUGGUACAGUAGCUAGAGAUUUUACCUACAUUGAUGAUAUUGUGAAAGGGUGUUUAGCAGCUUUGGAUACCGCUGAGAAGAGUACAGGUAGUGGAGGGAAGAAGAAGGGUCCGGCUCAAUUCAGGAUAUAUAAUUUGGGGAACACUUUGCCCGUUCCAGUUUCGGAUCUUGUGAACAUCCUGGAGAGGCUUUUGAAGGUUAAUGCAAAGAAGAAAAUUAUCAAGUUACCGCAAAACGGGGAUGUUCAGUUCACUCAUGCUAAUAUUAGCUUGGCUCAGAGGGAGCUCGGAUAUAAGCCCUCAACUGAUUUGCAAACUGGGUUGAAGAAAUUUGUCAGAUGGUAUCUCGGUUACUAUUCCGGUGGGAAGAAGGCUGCUGGAUAAUCCAUUCUUUAUGUUAUGGUAGGAUCAUCAUCUGAAUUCUUGUUCAUUAUCAUUCUUAACAUUGUUUUUCGACAUUUCUCUGUUCUUUGCCCAAUUAUUUGUUGUUUCAUAUUAUCUUUAAUGAUGACAUAUAAGGAGGGAUGUCAUGUCCUAGUUUGAAGCAAUUUUGUGAUCAAUGAACAUUGCUUGCUGUUGGGG